AUGCUCAAACCAACCUCCCCUGGCGCCGACGGCGCCUGGAUGUACAAUCGCGUUAUGUUAGCCGUAUACGACAUAUGGGUUCUAGGCGUGGUGAACACAUACGCAUGGCACUGCCCGACCAAAACGAUGCAAUUACCGUUCUUCAAAAAGCACCUCAGCUCGCGGCAUCUGGACAUCGGUCCCGGGACAGGAUACUACCUCGCCAAUGCCGGAAUCCCUGCCACCACAUCUGUGAGCGUGCUGGAUCUCAAUCCAAACUGUCUCGAGGACGCAAAGGCUGCCUUGGCGAGGCCAGACUUACCUACCUUUCUGGCUGAUGUGCUGGAGCCAUUGCCUUUGGAAGAGAAAUACGGAUCUAUCUCUACGUUUUAUUUGAUUCAUUGUCUGCCUGGGCCGUUGGAGAGGAAGAUGGUUUUGUAUAAGAAUUUGAAGCAUCAUUUGGAGGAGGAUGGGGUGGUUUAUGGGACGACAAUUCUUGGUACGGGGGUUUUCAACUGGUUUGGAAAAAUCAUCAUGCAUUUUUUGAAUAAGGGUCGCGUGUUUGACAAUCGGGGUGAUGGGGAGGUUGGAAUUAGGGAGGCAUUGAAGAAAGAUUACAAGGUGGUGAAGACAGAAGUUGUGGGAAACAUCAUGUUUUUUGAGGCCUCGCAGCCGAUAUUUCAAUGA